AUGGGCGGUACGCCGCCAAAUAAGGCGGUGGGUGGGUCAAUGCAGCACAGGAGCCCGAGGACGCCUAGGGAAUCUGUCUAUCGCCCAUAUAUAGAUUUGUUGGCCGACGAUUCACCUAGUACUGUUCCGGAGACUCAGUACGCCGGCAUCGAGACUUUCUCUUUUGAGGAGCUAGGAGCGGAGUUGGGGCUAUCGCCGAUCCAUGAGACUCCCGAUGAGGCGGAGCUUGCUGCAAGGGGCAGGAGCAAAGAUAAGGGCAAGACCAGAGGCGGAGGUAGGGGCAAGGGCAAAGUCUCGGGCUCUUCCUCGAACACGGGGGCAGAGGAAGAAGGUGAGGAUGAGGCGGAGGAGAGGAGGACGAUCUGGACCGUGUGGGAAAAUGUCGCGCUUGCGAAGGCCUGGGUCGAUGUAGUAGAGGAUCCAUAUGUCGGGCCGAACCAGUAUGUUGACCGAUUGUGGCUUCGCAUUAGUGAGGCCUACCGCAUAUGCAAACCGUCUGGGGCGAAGCCUCGCACUUCCGAGCAAUGCCGGAAACAGUGGCUUCGGUUGAGGCCUAAGCUCGGUCGUUUUGCCGCCCUCUACCAAAACAACAUACGCAUGGCAACCAGCGGCAUGUCUGAGGAUGAUGUGAAGAGACGAGCCUUGGCCUAG